AAAUAUUCUUGAAAAUAUCAGUAAAUUCAAGUAAAUUUUUAAUGUGAUUUUUAAAUUGAGUUUUCUCUUAAAUAUAUCAGUUAUUUUAUAUCAGUGUCCACUAUGUUAACGGGAAUACUUAAAGGAACGGUUUUAUGUUGCGACGGUGAAAAUUCUACUUGGAACAGUAUAUUUAAUACGGACAGAAAUAUCCUUAACGAGACCACAUCUUUAUUACGUAUCAUUUAUAGAAUAAUAAUUCCGAUAAUCGUAAUCAGCGGUAUAUUUGGUAAUACUUUAAUAUUCCUGGUGUUAUCUACACCAAUGUUUCGAGGAAUUGCGUACUUAUAUCUUCGAGGAUUAACAUUAGCGCACAUUGGGGUCCUUCUAUCUUGGAUACCUGUAUUUAUUAGAUUAGGAUACGGCAUGAAAAAUAAUUACCCAUCCGUUUUUUACCACGCUCAUUUGGAACUGGUUGCUGUAAACACUUUUGCCAUAGCCACCAUCUUAAUUAUGACCUGCUUAAUCGUCGAUCGAUAUAUUUUUAUUUUUUUCCCGGCCCGUAUCCGCAGCAGAAACGCACGCAAGAAUGUUCACUCUUUUACUCUGUGUUCUUUCAUUCUUGGAUUUGCGAUAAGUGCUCCAUUAACAGGAAUGAGAAUAGUGUAUGAACAACAAGAAAGUACCGAAACUGUUUUCACACUACGUGAAAAUACAUCCAUCACGCGAACAGCCUUAUGGAAUACAUAUAUUUGGAUCAUGGAAAUCACAUUGCGACUUUGUCCUACUAUAAUUCUUCUUCUCUUAAACAGCUUUGUGGUAAAGAGAUUUUUGCAGCUUAAUGCUAAAAAAAGAGAAUUUCAAUCGGUUUCGGAGAAGUUUCGUACUCCAAAUGUUCCCGAAACCUCUUUAUUGACUCGCAAUCGAGGAUACAGAGAAGAACAACAUUUAGCUAUAUUAAUGUCAAUGAUGACGAUAUGUUUUAUAAUAACAAUGAUUCCAUCGAUAUUAACUGAAUUUAUAUAUCAUGAUUAUUAUGAAACCAAAGGAAAUGGUUACCUUUUAUUCCGAGCAUUUGCUGCUGUCACAGAGCUUUGUAAUUUUGCUAUCCAUAUUAUCACAUACUUUUUGUGCAGUAAGGAAUUUCGGACAGAAUUUCUUAAAAUUCUUCGGAACAGAUGCAGAAAGAAUAUCGCUGAAGAGGAUUUUGAGCGACCAAUAGGAGAAAUCGAAGAUUAUAGUCGACAUGGUACAACAGUUCGAUUAACACCUGAACAGACAAAAUUAAAUUCUCCAGCUUCAGCUAGUAAAUUAAAUCCUAUGGAAGAAGAUAAAGAGUCGGAAAUAUUAAAUGCCUCUGAUAUAGUCUAA